GCAGCCUAGACUCGUCCAGAAGCAACCUUGCAACAGAAAGUGCAGUGAAAAAUACAAAAAUAGCUGUUAAAACUACAAUAAAUUGUACAAAAACUAUUGAUAAGUUAAAUUUAAGACAGGAGCAGAUCGCACCAAAAGUCUAUUGAGCCCUAGAGCAGACUGGAAUCGUCAUCAUCGAAGCAGGGCGAUAGAGGUCAUCUUAUAAAUAAAUUUUUCGGGCGUGUGUGCAUGUGUGCGCGCCUCACCCCGAGAACUAUUAACCCCCUACCCGAACCAGAGCUCAGACCAACGCAAGCAGCAGCCAACAACAACAGCAGCAGCAAGCAGUAGCAUCUAACCCGCCUCAGCAUGAUACUGGAGAACUCCGACAAGCUCAAGGACUGGCUGAGCGUGGUCUUGGAGCCACUUUGCGAUGCAGACUCCUCGGCCUUGGCGCGCUACGUUAUCGCACUGCUCAAGAAAGACAAAUCGGAUAAGGAUCUCAAGCGGAUCAUGAUCGAACAGCUCGACGUCUUUCUGUCCGAGGAAACGACACGCUUUGUUGAACGAUUGUUCGAUGCCAUUGCCAGCGAGGAGUAUCUGACGCUGCCCGCCCCACUGCCAUCGACGGCCAAUAGCGCCGCCGCCACCGCCGCUGAGCUGGAUCUCGACCAUGAACUGGCCUUGGCCAUUGACGGGGCACAUGAUGACAUCGAGGCCGUGCUGGCCGCCGAUUCACCACCGCCUCCGGCACCUAAAGACAAUGUGAUAACCCUCGAGAGCAAUCAGGCUGCGUUGGACCAAGUGAGCCACCAUGCUAGAGAAGCUGAGGCGCUCGCCUUUGUUAGCCAGGAAAGUGGCUUUGCCUCGAACUCUACUACAGAUGCCAAGACAGCCUUCGAUCAGAAAACCAAAGAUUCCCACAAUCUGCAGUCCGCCUCCUCCCACUACCAACACCAACACCAUGUACGUAGCGCUAGUCCACCUACAGCCAGAAGCAGCGGAAGUGGUGGUGGAGGAGUAGGCCUGGUGGCGGGCUAUGCCGACAAGGAGAACCAACCACGCGACAGUCGUCGGCGACGUGCUUCCCUGCGGUCUCGGUCCCGUUCCCGUUCGCGGUCCAAUGAGCGUGCCUUCCGCCGCUCCAGAUCCCGCGAUCGACGGGCGAACGAGCGCGAGAAAACCCAACGCCAGUUCCGGAAUAAAUCCCCGCCAGGCUCUCAGACUGAUAACCGCCACGGUCACGGACGACGCAACUUUGACCGCCGUCGCAUCGGCGGUGGCAAUAAUGGGGACGAACGGCCUCGCUUUGGAAACAACAAGAGCCGCCGGUCGCACAGCCGAUCCAUGUCGCCCGAUCGGAGCUCACGGCGGAAUCAGCAGGGGUCACCGGAUCGAGGACAGGCUGCUGGUCAAGUAAUCCAACCAGUUCCUGUACCAGUUGUACCUCCCGCACCCGUUGAGCAUCCAGCCGCGCUCCAUCCACGCCAGCGCUGUCGUGACUUCGACGAGAAGGGCUAUUGCGUAAGGGGAGAGACGUGCCCCUGGGAUCACGGAAUCAACCCUGUUGUUUUCGAAGGUAUCAACAACUCAGCCCUUAUGAUGUCCAUGCGAGAGUACAAUCCAGAUGCGCCCGAGAUUUGGACGCGAGGAGGAGGGCCGCCGCCAGGAGCUGGGGGUCAGGGACCAGUAGCACCACCAGCGCCGGGUCCCGGGCAGACCACUAUUAACCCAUUCAGUGGUAAUGUGCGACCCAACACGCUGAUGAGCGGCGGCGCCGGUCCAAAUCCGAUGGGCGUGCCCAAUCCCGCUGACUAUGCUCGUAAUCCUGGCGGUCCACCACCACCACCCGCUAUGAUGCCAUUCCCCUUCAAUCCUACGGCGGUAACAACACCACUUCAGCGCCAAUUGAUACCUAUACCCGUGGUUGAUGGUGCCCCCGCUUCGGGUGGCGUGGCAGAGAUAGGAAAGCGGCGAUUCGAGCUAGAGGACUCCGUGGCCAUUGCUGAUGUACCAACGAAGCGCAAAGUACCGAUCAACAGUCGACUCGGUCCACGGAUUAAUCCCAAUAUGCAGCAGCACAACAGCUCUCUAGAGUUGAGAAAGGUGCCGAGGGGACUAAACACCAUCGCCCAUUUGAACAAUCACUUUGCCAAGUUUGGCAAGAUUGUCAACAUCCAAGUCUCGUACGAAGGCGAUCCCGAGGCAGCCAUAGUCACAUUCUCCACGCACGCGGAGGCCAAUGUGGCCUACAGGAGCACUGAAGCGGUGCUCAACAACAGAUUUAUCAAGGUUUUCUGGCACAACGACAGUAGCGGCGUUGAUGUUGGUCAGGUUAAUCCGAUGGGUAGCGGCGUUGGAGGUGGCGGCCGAAAGAAUGCUAGCCAAUAUCAUUUGCACAACGUGCCCGCCGUACCCACGCCGAAUGCAGAUGGUGCAAAGAUCACUAAUACCAAUCCCCUGACUGAAGCGAGUGCGGGUAACAACAAUGCCACGCCAUCGACAGAACAGCAGGCCAGCACCGCGGCUCCCGCCUCUAUGCGUCUCAAGCUUAACACAACGACAGGAGGAACGGGAGGAGCAGGCGCAGGUGGAGCAGCGGCAGGUGGAGCAGGUGCUGGUCGUACUUUGAAUCCGGCUGCGAAUGCCGCGAGCAUACGCAAGAAGAAGGAGGAACAGCAGAAAGCGGUGCAUCAGCUAGCAAACGGACUGCGCAAAAGGAAACAGGAGCUACUUCAGAGCUAUGUCAAGCAAGUGAAGACUGCUCUGGAGCUUGUUGAACGGAUGGACCUGAACGAUGCCCAGCGUCCGCUGACUCUGCAGACAAUCAAAGUGCUGCAGGAGAACAUUGACAAGCGCAAGGAUGUCCAUGCCGAUCAGGAUCAGUUGCAGGCGCAAAUCCAGCAACAACAGCAGCAGCAGCCGCCCAUUAAGAAGACCAAGGAGCAACAGAAGAAGGAGCUGCUGGACAUGGAGCUGGAGCUAAUUGCCCAGCAACAGGAGGGUAACGACACAUCGGCCAUACAGAAGCGAUUGGAAGAGCUACAGCGAAAUUUGGGCGUGGGGGACCAAGCCGCGCACAACAACAGCAAGGCGCCCCACUUUGUAACCUCUUCGGGAGUAGCUGGCGGUGCCGCAGGACGUAAGCGGCCCAACUUGCCAGAAGGACCGACGCGAGUGGAUCGAAGACCAAAAGCCAUUGUGGUCACUGGCUUUGCGGCGGAAGAGGCAGACUUUGUCCUGGGGCACUUCAAGAAUUUCGGUGAGAUUUCUAAGCAUGAUGUAGACCGCGAGAUUCCACAGUUAAUACUCUCCUAUGCGACCCGCCUCAAUGCUGAGCAGGCCGUGCUCCGUGGCAAAAUGUACAAAGACAAGCUCCUGCAGAUUUCGUGGGCGCCUGUGGUUACACCAACGGCACCUGCUCCAAUGGCAGCGCCCUCUGUGGAGAAGACUUCGGUCCCAGAGAACCCCAAACAAUUGAUUCAGUCCGUCAGCGAGAGCGAGAGCCUGUUGGGCAGCGACACACUUCCGGAGUUACGUCUAGAGGAUGAAGAGGAGGAUGAGGAGUCCGAGGAUCGGUCGUGGCGUCGUUGAUGCACCGCCCUGCGCUGCUAAGGCGGCGGGCGAGCAAGCUCCAAGUGGCUCACAACUGUUAGGCAGCCCUUAACAUGUGUUUGUUGUUAUUCUAUAUCUUAAUGUGGUGGAGUGUGCUGUCGUAGUGCAGGGAGGCAGAAGCCUAGCGAAGCACUCGUAGCAUCUCCAAAACAUGAUUAAAAAACGCUCUAAAUAUUACUAAUAUUUUAA